AUGCAACAAUAUGUACAUAUUCAAGUCAGAUUAUCAAAUGUACAGUUCAAUGACUUAAGAACAACAGCGACAAUACACGAAACAUCGACUAGAAAAGGUGUCCAACAAUCAAAUACAACAUCAGUCGAUCGCUCACAACAACAGCAGCAGUCAGUUCAUACAUCACCAUCAACAAACAAUCGUCCACAAAACUCAAAUAGUAAUAAUCAGCACUAUAUUAAUUUCAACACACGUCCACGAUAUCGUGAUCAACAACAAGUAUGUUAUAUAUGUGGUCAGCCUUAG